AUGCACCGAGGUUCUGCAAAGAGACAUUCGUUAAAGGAUAGCCAGCCUGUGCGAUCAGCCAGGCCAAGGCGUAGUCGUCAAGGCUCAUUGCGUUCUGGAUAUGCAUUUUCUCAUCAGCAAGGCUUUGGCGACCUAAUCAUGAAGGGUAAACUUUUCAAGCAAAUGGAGCAGUUCAUUCAUCCUGGAAGCCCAAAUUCUUCGUCAAAGAAAACCGUCGUUUCGCCGAUUAGAAGGCUGGCUGAGCAAGGAGCCGCAACAGCAAUGACACCGGUAUCAUUUCUGUCACCAGGACUGUUAACAACAGCAACCAAUAAAGUUAGUAAAAUGCAAUAUUUAAUAAUAAUUAAACAAGUACUACUUUCAAGUCACCGCAAAAGUCCUAGCAACAAUGUUGUCUCCUUGAUGUUGCUGACACACGGCCAAAUGUUGAUCGCAGCCAUGCUGGGUGUUCCUCUCCUAGGCUACCUGCCUAUUCACUGUUUAUACUCGCAAGAUAUUCCGGAGCUGUGUGCCUUCAGGUGCAACUUAUUGUAUCACUCCUAA